AUGUCUCCCAUGAAAGCUUUGAGCAAGAUAGCACCGAGCGGUUGUGGCAUUGAUAUUGCUAGAACUCCCGAUGGAGCUGUCUGGAACGACCUACCCUUCCUUGAUACGGACAUGACAGAUUUCUGGGUCAACGACUGCGUGGCAAUGGGCGCAAAGCAGCGCCUUAAUGCUGCAUCCUUCCUUGCUAAGCUUGCAUCCACGCGUGUUGCGAAAGAUAGGCUUUGCCAGAUUGCUCUGCUACUUUUUCGUGAUACGUUUGAGGCCGUGCGGCCUCUUGGCAGCUCUAAUGAGCCUGAUGACGAAGAUCCUCGCCGAACAAUGCAUGUACUUACUAUUGCCGCCUUGCUCCCAUCUGCAUGUGCCUGGAUCCGAGAGGCUGGGCAUAACAUCAUACUCUUAUCGGAUGUCUCAUGGAAUGAUUGCUCGAGCAGUACUAUUGGGAAAGGUGGUUUCACUUUUGUCAAGUCAGAGCUGGGUCAACGAGUACCUGGUGGAUUCACAAAAGCUGAUGAGAUGGGCCUUGCAGAGCAUGCCGCGAAGGCCAUUGAUAUUAUGUUAGGUAAUGUUAAGGAGAGGAACUCUCAGAUCCUAAGAGUGUUUGAGUCUGCGGGCGAUGCUGUGCACCAGGAUAAAGAUCUUUUGGGUCCGAAGAAGAAAUGGUAG